AAAGGAAACAAUGGGGAAUUUAUAAAAACCCAUUAGAACACAACUAUGCAACCAAUAUUAGGAGUUGGGAAUACUGGGCAAAGUGGCAGGAACGCGUACACCCCUAAUGGAGGAGAUACUCUUUCGUGUAACCUCCCUACAUCACAACGACCUGAUGCAGAUGUAGACGACAUGAUGUCGACACUGUCUCAGGGCAGCGAUAACGCUCCAAUAUCUCCAAAGGCCAACGAUGGGAACACCAUCUCUAAGGAAGAAUGCAUCAUUGAGAAUCAGGUUGCCCUUCCAAGCGUUACUUUGCAGCAUAGCGAUGACUCAAAACGCGGGUCUACAGAACAGAGCGAAUCUCUUCUUUCGGUCUCACCAGAACGAUCGCUCAACCCUGACAUAGACCAGGCAGAUGAGGAAGGAUGCAAUUCGCUCUACAAAGCGGCUUCGAGAGGUCACAUCGAUGGGGUUGAAAUCCUCGUUGAAAAAGGAGCAGACCCAAAUAAAGCAAAUAAAGACGGACGCAGGGCUCUCCAUGUAGCUGCUGAAGAAGGACAUGGAGCUAUCGUAAAUUUCCUCUUGGAUCAGGGAGCAGACAUAAAUGCCCAAUGUGAUCUGGGUCAGACGGCUCUCCAUGCUGCAAUACACAAAAAUCAAUGCUACUCUUCAUUAAUUCUUAUUAGGAGCGGAGCAGAUGUUCACAGACGAGAUAAUGAUGGAAGAAACCCUUUACACAUGGCAGCAGCAGCUGGGUACACCCACAUCUUUCAAAACCUCAGAGAUGAAACAUGUGACAUAAAUGUGAAAGAUGACAUGGGUCUAACAGUUCUUCAUCAUGCAGUGAUAAAUGGACAUUCCAAUGUUGUCCAUCAUCUUCUCAAGACAGGGGUUAAGGAGAGACCUUAUGAAGGAGAUAGUCUAAGCUUUGCGUUAACAUCGUUUGGCAAGUUAGAUUUGCUCCAACUUUUUAUUUCCAGAGGCGGUAGUGUGAACAAGGAAAACAGCAUCGGACAGAAUCAUCUCCACGUAGCAGCUUUGAAUGGAUACUUUGACAUUACUAGAUGUCUCGUUCAAGAAGGAUGUGACAUGAAUAAGGAGGAUUGUAAAAAUUUCACACCAGUCCACGGGGCAGUGUUAAACGGACAUUUGGAUGUACUUCAUUAUCUCAUAACACAGGGAGCCAAGAUCACCAUGUAUGAUGGAAAGAGUGUUCUGCACUUGGCAGCUAUCUAUGGUCACCUCGACAUACUCCAAUACUUCAUGAAGAUGGGAGCUGAUGCCAAUGAGCUCGACGACAUUGGACAAACUCCUCUUCAUGUGGCAGCAGGUGUGGGUCACUUUGACGUCGUGAAAUAUCUCACUAAACAAGGAUCAAAGACUGACAAACAAGAUCACCUUGGUUACACUCCUCUCCACAUUGCAGCCGCAAAAGGUCAACCUGAAAUCGUCAAAUAUCUUGCAGAUCAAAACUGCUACGUGGAACAUUUCGAUAUCGAAGGUUUGACACCUUUAACUCUAGCAGCUAAACAUGACCAUUUAGAUACUGUCAAGUGUCGUGCGGAUGGAAAAGCUGAUGAAGCGAACUCACUCUGUGAAGCAACAUUAUCUGGUCAUUUGGAUAUUGUCAAGUUUUUAAUGGAGGAAGUCGGUCGUCUAAAAAACAGAGUCGAGUCGCUAGAAGCUGCAGCUGAUGAGGCGGAGCAGUAUUCACGCCGCAAUUGCCUGAUUUUCAGUGGUAUUGCUGAAUCUGCAAACGAAGAUACUGAUGCCAAGAUCAUAGAGGUGUGCCAGAGGAAUCUGGGUGUUACAGUGAAACAAGAGGACAUCGAUCGUUCCCACCGCCUCUCCAGCCAUGCUGCGCUUGAGAACAAGCUGAAGGAUCCACGUAAGCCCCGGAAUAUCAUCAUCAAAUUUUCCAACUACAGGGCAAGAGAGGCUGUAUACGCAUCUAGGGCUAAGCUGAAAGGCCUUUCAAUUUACAUCAAUGAAAAUCUAACACGGAAGCGAUCUCAGCUGUUCUGGCAAGUGAAGAAGGGAAACCUCCCGCAAGUCCACAAAGUCUGGACUCAAGACAGAAGAGUAAUAGCGAUGAAUAAGAGUGGGAAAAGAGUUGCUAUUUCAAGUGUAAAGGACCUCGGAAAACUUGAUCAAUUGAAGGAAUGAGACAACAAUAUCAAUCAAAUUCACUGAACUGUAAUACUUGGUCUGCUUGAGCACACAGGCGUUCCUGUUUACUAUUUGCUUUUAAAUUGCACUAUUAAAUAUACGAUUUGUUUUUAAUAACGUUAAUCACUAGAACUUGGUUCUUAUUUUAUUGAAUAUUUGUAUAAAAUUACAUUCAUUACUUACACGUAAUACUUUUCACUUGUUUUAACCUAUUUUCAACAUAAGAUUUAAUGAUUAAAUACCCAUGUUCAAUUUGUAAUAAAUCUGUUAAAAUAAAUCAAAAGGCUUUGUUAUGCACUGUAUGUUCACAGUGGGUGCAUAUAGUUUGUGGCGGGGUCUCAAGAGAGACCUAUGAUUCAGAUGAACUGUUUGAAAAUUGGCAGUGCCCGAAAUGUAUUCUCCAAAGUGUAUUACCUUUUUGGAAUGAUCCUGAUCUAUCUACUGAAGGCAUGUAUAACUAAUAAUAUUUCUGUCGACGCACAUGAUGAUAGGUCAACCGAAACUAAUGAUUUUGCUCUAAAAGAUAUUAAAGGUAUAAAAUUAGCUCAUCUUAAUGUCAGAAGCAUUGUUAAUAAAGUUGCUGAUUUACAAUGUUGGCUGAAUAAUAACCCUUAUGAUCUACUAGGAGUGUCAGAAACAUGGUUAACAAAAGAACAUUCUGAUAGCUUGAUUUCUGUUAAAGGUUAUAAGUUUGAGAGGAAGGAUAGAUGUACUCAUGGAGGUGGAGUGAGAUGUUUUAUAUCAGAAAAUCUAUCGUAUAUAAGGAGAUUGGAUCUUGAAUAUGUUGCCUUAGAAAAAAAUUUGGUUGGAGUUGCAACGUAGCAAUAGUAGCUCAUUAUUAAUUGGUAUAUUGUAUAGAAAACCGGAUAAUCAUUUAGAUUUUUUUUACAGUCUUGAAAGUAAUCUUGAGAAAUUGUAUAGAGUUACAAACAACGUCAUCCUUCUUGGUGAUUUUAACUGUAAUAUGCAAACCGUAAAUAAUCUUUCUAGAAAAGUUUCCAGUCUCCUUACUACAGUGCAAAUGACACAGGUUAUAUCUGCACCCACUAGAAUUUCACCACAUAGCCAGUCAGUAAUCGAUUUGGUAUGUAUUUCUGAUGCGCUUGUUGACAAUAUUAUUAAGUCAGGAGUGCAGUAAGCUGGACUUAGUGAUCACUCUGUGAUUUUUACUGCAAUUAAAGGGAAACAUCAAUCCCUUUCUCCGAAAAUAACUAAAUGUCGUUCAUUCAAGUACUUUGACAGUGAGAAAUUUAAAGAUGAUGUAAGGAAAGUUGAUUGGCAUGAGUUUUAUUCCUGUGGGACUGACGUUGAAAAAUUGUGGCAC